CAAGUCACUAGACACAAAUAUGGAGGGGCAUAAUUAUAAUUGCACAUUUUAGAUGAGGCCAGCAUAUUUCAGUAUUUCCAGCCUCUUCGUUGUCUCUAUUUUAGUUCUAAAUUAAUUAAGCAUUCUGAGAAAAAUAUCAUUACAGCUUUCUUGUUUGAUUCUACUUUGAGCCUUCAUGCCUCAUUUGAGAUUUUAAUAGCUACCCAAUGAUUUCAGCAGGUAUCAGUUCUGCCCCAUGCGUGAGACCGAUUGUCUCCUUUUCAAACACCAUAAGAGGAGUACACAACCAUGGAAGAGUUACUUGUUUGGCUACCUCCAUGUCAUCUACCUCUCUGACUGUGGCAAGAGAUGCUGAGAAAGAUCUGGAAAGCCGAAAAUACGAACUGCUUAAUAUCAUCCAAGAUACUCAACGAGGCCUAGUGACAACUGCUGAUCAACGAUCCACCAUUGAGGAGGCUAUGGUAGUGGUUGAAGGUUUCGAUGCUGGCAAGGAAAUUGACUUGAGUAAGUUGGACGGAACAUGGCGGUUGCAGUAUACAUCUGCACCAGAUGUGGUUGUUCUUUUUGAGUCUGCUGCUAGGCUUCCGUUCCUUCAGGUGGGUCAAAUUUUCCAGAAAUUUGAGUGCCAGAAUGAAUCCGGUGGAGGGUUGGUACGCAAUGUCAUCAAAUGGAGUGUUCCACGCUUAUUAGAGGAGAAUGAAGGUGCUACACUGAUAGUUUCUGCCAAAUUUUCUUGUGUUUCUGCUCGUAACAUCUACCUCAAGUUUGAGGAGAUAAGUCUUCAAAAUAUUAACAUCAGUGACGAUCUGCAAGCUGUAAUAGCUCCAGCAUUCCUGCCCAGGUCAUUUUUAAGUUUACAGAUACUGCAGUUUAUUCGGACUUUCAAAGCUCAAGUUCCAGUGACCAGUCCAGAGAGGCAGUCUGUGGGGGGCCUCUAUUACCUUUCUUAUCUGGAUAAGAAUAUGCUUUUAGGCCGCGCUGUUGGAGGCGGUGGGGUAUUUAUAUUCACUAGAGCUCAAGCUCUUGCUUGCUAACAGCCAGUUCAAAAACAAAUAGUUUCACCAAUCUCAUCAUGCAUUUGUGGAUUAUCACAUAUACGAAUAACAGAGAUGAAGAACAAAGAGGAGAAGAAAGAAAUUGUAAAGAGCAAUUUGCAUAAAUGGAAUAUUCUGUAAUGUUUCACUUGAUUAUACAAUGAGAGUAUUUAUAAGUAUAUAUGCAUCCGGCUACUCCAUUUUUAACUAACUAAAUCAGCUAGCUAUUUCAAUUUACAA